CCAGGAUGUAGCUAACAAAAAUGGCGCGAUACGUGUUGACUCUCUGUCACGGACGCGACAAAACAACUCUAGAGCUGCCCGAGGGUUCAGACACUGCCGUUCUCGACGUCGCUCGUCACAUCGAGUCUCACUUCGGCAUUCCUCUCAAGUCACAGAAGCUCAUAUGCAAGGGAAAGACGCUGAGCGAACACUCGAGACUGUCUGAGUACGCAGUACGAAGCGGCAGCCGCGUAAUGGUCGUCGGGCGGCGAUACGUGCUCGAGGAUGAUGCGAAAUAUAAAAAAAUAGAAAAAAUUAGAGAGAGAGUUGGUCGGACAUCCGGGAAAUUGGAUGAUAUAAAGAGUGAAUUGAAAGGAGUCGAGGACGGGUUUUUGGUUGAGGAGUUUAGGGCGGCCGCUUUGAGUAAACUCGAUCGACGUUGUUGUGGUUGUAAUGAGGAUUUGAUGAGAUGUCUGGAGGAGUUGGAUGGGAUUGGAGUGGAGGGAGAGCACGGUGAUUUGAGAGCGGCGAGGAAACGAGAGGUAGACAGGAUACAUGAGAUUAUGAGAGAUGUUGAUCGAUUGCAAGAGAAUGUAUCAUCACGUAGUUUGUAGAUUUUGGUGCAAUACGAGUGUUAAGUUAUUAGA